CUGGGUCAGAAUAGGUCCUCGGUACCUCCUUGCUUGUCGUAAAAGGCAACUAAAUGGGGCGGUCCUUUGAAGAAUACCGCAAAAAACCGAUGCUCCGUGUCACAGCAGGUGUGGCAUAAGAAAGAUCCUUCUCUGUCGUACGUGCCGAGCAUAGACUUAACGUUGUUUCAGUCCUUCACCGACAAUAAUGACGUCUCCAAAUGAGUGAAAAAAUCUCGAGUGGGACGUUAAACAGUAUACAAUCAAUCAUAUAGUCGGGAUCGAGAAGGCAAACAAGAAAUAUGACAUUAUCACCAUAUUGCAAGGAAGCUUAAAUAACGAAGACAACAUGCAUUGCAGUAUUUCUUUUAUCCUAAAUAUAUUAAGUAGUGUAGAAUAUCCAAGCGCUUGUGAGUCGCCGACUUCUCGCUGUGACGUUUGUUGGUGAUGUCUACUUUCGCACUUUCACUUUCUGUACUGUGAGAAAGUUGACAUUUACAUUAAAUACCCGUAUGCAGAGUUGUUUCGUCAGAUCAAUGACAAUGUAAAUAUUAAUUAAUUUGUCCUCUUCGUUCUGCGGACGCUAACAGUAAUUGUAGAGAUUCCCACAUCACAGAGCAUUUUAUAGAAUUAUUGAAGUUCUGGCUUUCAACUGGUGCUCCAUCAAUACGGCUUUGUAAUUUAGAAAUUAUCAUAAUCACGAAAUUGUCAAAUCCCAAUUGAUUCCCAUUGAUUUCGGAGUUGCAAAUAUUUAUGGUAUUGCUAUAUCCAUACCGUGGUCUUGUGGUUUGGUCAAUCUUGCUGAUUUCUAUUGCUCCUUUCAGCGACAUGGGGGGGGGGGGAAGCAACCAAAAAGAAAAAAAAGAAAAGAAAGAAGCAUGAUAAACUGUUUAAUUUGUUCGUUAUUUCAAGUACAGCAGUUUGAAUGGGAGGAAAAUACAAUAUAGAGUAAUACUUCCGUUGAUUUCACGUGACUUACACAUUUGGGUGGAAACUUUCAGUGUGAACGCUACAUCCGACUCUUACGAUCGAAUUCGUGAUACAAAUUUGCAAAAUCAACAGUGUAUUGUGCAAAGCGCACUGAGAUUAAGACAUUCUACGUGUCUGAUUUUUGUUGGGGUUUUCCCCCUCAUCUGAGGAAUCUGUAUUUAACUUGUGGUUAUUAAUCGUUUCUUGAUCACAACGAGUGUUCUAUGUCAGGUUUUUGUUUGUUUGUUUUUUUUAAUGGUUUUUAAAAAAAAGUUAAUAUACUGAUCAUAGUUCUCUAUGGCAUAGUGUCAAUUGUAUUUAUAUCAAAACUACAUCUCUAUUUUUUUUUCUUUUUGCAUCUACGGGUAAUGUUUUGGUCUUUCGGGUAUGACCUCAAAAAUGGAGGUCCGGCCCGUUGGCACGUUUAAAAACAGCUCACUGCUACGGCCCUGAACGCUAAAAUACAGGACUUAACAUACAACUCGUGACGUUUUAUGAGUGAAAAAUUAUCGACGGAGCGUAUUGUCUUUUGAGGAGCUCUUCGCAAACCUUUAAUUAAUCAUGUUUUGAGUCUGGAAAACGUGUUGCAAAUGCCGCGACCAAUGACGGCUUAUGCUUGGAUCGACAUUUCAACUGAAAUAUGCCUAGAUUUACGUAACAGAAAAUUGUUUUCACAACUUUCACAUUUAUUCAUGUAUCUGUCACAAGGAAAUCAACUUUACUCUCUGUUAAUUCAUUUUCACUUGUUUUCUAUUCCGAGUUUCAACAAUAGUUAUACUUUUUUGCGGUAGAAAAAAAUCCGAAGUCGGACCAUUUGGAAAAAUUAGUGAAUUCUCGGAAAGCUAAGCUGUUUAUUGACAUUUCGUUUUUAUUAAAACAUGCUUUUCUAUUGAUAUCAACAAGAGUAAUAUAUCUAACUAUUUAACAUAGUCUUGACUCUCGUUGGGAACAGAUGUAUUUUUAUACAUGUAGCUCCGUGAAAAAACUGAAGAUUUCAGUAUGUACAUGUUGACGCCCAGGUCCCCUCUUGAUCUUUGUAGUUUAGCCUUAGUGCUGGUUUGUCUUUGGGUUGUUUUUUAAAACAUUUUUGUGGUGAUUUUUUUUACAACUUGAUUUUUGUUUUCUAUGCCGGUAAAUAUUUCUGAAGAAGCGACCGAUCGUGGAUCGUUCCUCUUUUCUCUCUCUCUCUCUCUCUCUCUCUCUCUCUCUCUCUCUCUCUCUCUCUGGAAAACGGUGAUACUAUAUGUAUGAUAAAAACAUAUCACAAAAUUCGAAUUGAUACGCGUACGGUUCGUCGUAGAUUUCAGAAGAAUAUAUGUCGUUUGAGCGUUUGAAAUAGAUACGAUCUGCAAUGCGUUAAACUGACGCGUUGCAAUGAAACAGACGGAUUCAAAGAUGGGCAGCGUGGCAGGCCAGCUACCACGUGGUGCAUGAUGUGAGGACCUUCUGUGGUCGGAGACGUUGAGUGACGUCAUGUCCAAGGAGAGCACUGCACUAUGUCAGGAUAGCCCAGUCUCUCCGAAGUACGCCGAGGAAAAACAUGAAAGAGUCACCACGCCAAAGGAGAAGAAAUCCAGAAAGGCGUUUUUUGGCGACGAUGUUCCUCAACAGAAAAAGAAAGGCGUCUGCCCGUACUACUUUGGAGUGAAAUCGUAUCUUCAUAACUUCUACGAUUCGGCGACCUACAAGGAUCCCAGCAUCUACGAAGAUGAUGACGACCGUUACCUUCUCAACCCACAUGCGCGGCGCCGACGGUGUCGUCCGAUUUGGUUGAAAGUUUGUAUAUGGAUAGGCGUAAAUCUUCUGGUGUUAGGGGUACUUGCAAUUUUGGCAGGCUAUUUCAUUCCGACUAAAUCUAUUAUUCGUAAGGGAGAUAAUCAGGAUAACGUUGGUUACGUAGACGAGGAGGCGGUUAAAUUCAAUACCACUUUGGAUUUGCUAAAGCUUGUAGGUUUGAUCUUGUUCUGUGUGGGAGGAAUCCUUCUCGCGGUGGCCCUUAUGUUUCCUACUUUCAUGUCGAAUAUGUGUUCUGAUGAAAUCGGCGAGGAAGCGAUAAGAAUCCAAACCGGGGAGGAAAAGCCGCCAUUAAGUCCUAUAGAGAUGACUAUACCAUCCACGUCUAAGGUGAAAAGUGUUCAACCACCAUGUAGUUCCAAACAGAAAAUUCAUUUUCAGGAAGAUUCGGUGAAUUUUAAGGAUUGAUGAACAUGUGCACUCCACGGGUUGUCAAAACUGUUCCUAUAGAAAACAGUAAUUAAAUAUUUCCUAGGACAUAUCACUGAUCCAAGAUACAGAAGUAUGGCGUAUGAAUAUGUUUAGUAUUAUGUAUUAAAGAGCAUGCAAUAGAAUCUUGCACAAUGAAUUACAUUGUAGUAAGAAUCACAA